AUGCCUCAACCGGAAAAUCGGGAUCAAGCCAAAUGCUUGGAUUUAACCGAAUUGCCGGUGGGGGCUCCAAAUGGCUCCCUUGCCUUUACUGCUCUCCUGACAGUCAUCUGCCGUACUGAGGCGCCAGGCCUGGAGCAUCCCCACCACUACGUGGGCGGCGUGGCUCCCCCUGGUAGUGACGGCGGGCCGCCGGGCUUGGGGGGCGGCCCCCGGCCGGUCAAACGGCGCGGCACGGCCAACCGCAAGGAGCGGCGCAGGACUCAGAGCAUCAACAGCGCCUUCGCCGAGCUGCGCGAGUGCAUCCCCAACGUCCCGGCCGACACCAAGCUCUCCAAGAUCAAGACGCUGCGCUUGGCCACCAGCUACAUCGCCUACCUCAUGGACCUCCUGGCCAAGGACGACGCCAACGGCGAGGCCGAGGCCUUCAAGGCUGAGAUCAAGAAGACCGACCUCAAGGAGGACAAGAGGAAGAAGGAGCUGAACGAGAUCUUGAAAAGCACAGUGAGCAGCAGCGACAAGAAAACCAAGGGAAGGACUGGCUGGCCCCAGCACGUUUGGGCUCUGGAGCUCAAGCAGUGAAGGCGAGUGUGAAGAGUGGAGAAUUUGUCCCUUCUGGGACUCUGGACCUUCCAAGCGAGGUUGCUCAGCUGAGGACUUUUCCUUCUUGCCCUUGUUUUGGAAUCGUAUGGUUUAUUUAUGUGCAAUUUCCCUCCCCUAGUCUUUCUCCUUUAAAAAAAUGUGGAUCCUGGAAGAAAAGCAUUCCAUACUUCAAUGAAAUAAAUAAAGAGGAAAACUCCGGCGUGGUAUGGUAAGGAGAAACACGAUCUCCAAAGGGUGGUUCCCCCUUCCAUCGUGAUGAAUGUUAUGUUGCUUUGUUUGUAUAGAAUCCAGGAUACAAAAGGAAAUCAAAAACAAAAAUGAAGGCAUUAGUGUGUAAUAUGAAAUGUAUAUCUUUAAUACCUGCUCUGUUUUGAAUGAUUGUGGAUGAUAACUGUAAGCCA